CGACGCGUGAGCCAAGCAAGGGAAGAGAAUUGAAUUCCAUCCCGUCCACGUGACAUGGGCAAUAAACAUCCCGUCGCGUGUGUCAUGGCCAUUCCGCUGCUAUCCCGGACAAGGUGGGGUCUGCUUUGAGUUCUGGAUCUGGAAUGGGUUGUUCAUCUUCUCCCCCACUCACUCCCAUAACAAGUUUGUACCGACACACGAACCAUUGGCCGCUACGUACAGGACUGAGGGAGGUGGAGAACGCCGCGCUCAACCGUUAACACAGAAAGACGAAAGAUCCAGAUCCAUUCUUUCAUUGCUUGCAGAGAAUGAUCUACUCACGAAACGUCUUCUGCUGGGUGCUGUUCGAUCUGUUGCUUCUGGGAUCCAUAUGGGGUGUCAGCCAUGCCGAAUCCCCACUGGACAUCACCGCACCAACCUCCCCCGAAUUCGACGUAUCCAACAACCAACCAGCCGCCCUCGCCCAGGCAUCCACCCCCUCCCUCUCCGAACCCCUCAAACACAAACGUGCACGACGAGCAGCCGCCCAAUCUCAACAAUCGUCCCCACCCGCCAUCGCCCUACCCUCCGCCUUCACCGCCGAAUCCCGUUUUCGCGAUCUCCUCGUAGCAACCCACCAUACGUUCGGGACCUGCGUGUUCCAUUCCACGAGUGAAUCAACACCCAUUGCAUGUUCGAGCGAUAACGCAUUACAUGCAGAAACCCUUGUCCACCCCGCCCUGGUUGUACAUCCAAGUCCGCGCCGGAUCCUGGUGCUCGGCGGGGUGGUAGGCUCAUACGUGAGGGAAGCGUUACGGCAUACAGAUGUGCGGGACGCGGUCUGGGUAACCGAAGGCGGCGCAGAGGAUGUUCGAGCAACGGUCCCAGCCGAUAUGUGGUACGACGCCGACUAUGUAUCCGCCGGCAGGCUAACAGUCAUCGAUAUGAGCCCCGCAACAUACCUUCAACAACCCGACUCCCUCCGCGGAUCCUUCAACGUGAUCUUCAUCCCCUCUUUCACCACACCCCACCGUGCGAACCUCCUUGCCCUCGCCCAAAAAGCCCUCUCCCCGGGGGGAGUCCUCACCAUCCACUCCGGCCCCACUCUCAACGCACUCCUCACAGACCGCGCAACCCUCCUCCCCCUCUUCCCGCACAUUUCCACCAGCACACUCCACAUCCCCUCCCUCGGGGACUCCCACACGCUCCUCGCAACGCAAUCCUCAGCCCCGGCGGCGCCUGCCAUUCUCUCCCCAUCAUUCAUCGACACGGCCCUCAGCUCACGCACGACAGGGUGGGUAUCGCAUUAUGAUGGAAUCACCCACAUGCGUAUGUUUGCACUCCCCUGCUCCCUGCGCGCCGCGAUCGCGGAGCAGGAUAAAACGAUGCCGCGGAUGAAAGUCGACGACGUGCCGCCACCCACCCGCCAUGCACCGUUCAAGAUCGCCGCGCUCCCCGUCCUCUCAGUCCAGGGCACCACCAUCCUCCGCGAGUUCUACGGCUGCGACCGAUCGGCCCUGUCCUCCGACCACGUGCAGAUGACGCUGGAACAUAUCCUCGAAACAAUGCACUGGGCCUUCUCAGCCAGUUUCGCGAAUGCCACCACCACCGGGGCCGGGAAUAUCGGUGUGGAAACGGCGAUGGUUACGAUUCAUGCAGCGAAGGCCCAUGUCUCCGUCCUAGCCUACCCCUCCCAGGGCUACGCGGCGAUAACAAUCACAUACUUUCACCCCACCGCGGGCGAGGAGAUAGCUACACUGCUCCGACAUUUCUUCAACGAGAUGGAUGCGUCGACAUCUGUUGGGGGGUCAUUCCCACGGGGCGCGGGGGCAAGGUGGAGGGCGGUGGUGGAUGAUGUGGAGUAUAGUGUGGAUGAGGAGACGGGGUUUGGGCCAGGCGUUGAGGGGUUGAGGGCGCAGGUGGGGAGGAGGGAUGGGGAGGCCGAGGGUAGGAGUGGGGAUGCGGGAGAUGGUGGGGAGAGUGAGGAUGUGGUCGAUGUGGUCGAUGUGGUGGAGCAGCUGACGAGUAUUGAGGAGAUCGUGCAGAGGUUGCGGAACGUUUCUUCUUCGCUGCCGCCGCCGGGGCCAUCCUCGCACGAAUCGACAAGCGAGGGCAGUUCAAAAGGCACCGGAACAUCACCCGAAGUUGAUCCCCCGCCCACAACACCCGCACCGCACAAAUCCUGGAAAGCGGUCAAAAACAAGAUAUCUGCCGUGCUCAACUCUACCGUAGGGGGCGGGGACGAUGGGGAUGGUGGGACGGAAUCGGCGGGUGGAGGGACAAGUGUAAGACGACAGAAACGCAGCACGCCGAAGGAGGGUGGACGGCAGCAUCGAAGACAUGUUAAGAGUGAGUUAUGAGAUGUGGAUGGGUGUGGGAUGAUCUUUUCUGUCGCUGUGUGGGCAUCUCAUUUUUCUAGUUGGUUCCCGUCGACCCUCCGUUUUUUCCUUGAAAUACACCGCUUGUAUUUUCUUUCAUCUCUGUUUCAUCUACAUACGCAUCAACGCUGCUGGACGGCAUCUCUCACAUCGUUCCCAUCGCAACUUGACAGGAUUGACAGUGUUUUCUCUGUGCGCGUCUUCAGUCCGCUGCUGCGUGCCUCUUCCUCGUCCGAGUCA